UCUGUUUCAGAGACAGCCAACCAGCACUCGGACUACAAAACACGGAUUCAUUCAAAAAACUCCGCAAACAAAAACUUCCAAACACACCGGAAAACCGUUCCAAGUUCCAAGCGGAGGCCGCUGCGUACACCGGGCCGAAGUGGAACACGGAGGAGUGUUUAUUUGAGCUGAAGUGGGUCUGUAGCGUGAAGCGAUAUGGCGACCGCAACCCCGAGCCGCGAGUCGAGCCGAGCGACGGCCGCCCAAACGCCGCUGAGCCCCGCGCGGAUCUCGCGCCUGCAGGAGAAAGAGGACCUGCGGGCGCUCAACGACCGCCUGGCCGUCUACAUCGACCGCGUGCGGUCUCUGGAGCUCGAGAACGACCGGCUGCUCGUCAAAGUGUCCGAGAAGGAGGAAGUCACGACUAGAGAGGUGUCUGGGAUUAAGUCUCUUUACGAGGCCGAGCUCGCGGACACCAGGCGUGUGCUUGACGAAACGGCACGUGAAAGAGCCAAACUUCAGAUCAAUCUGGGAAAAGCCAACUCUGAGCUCGAGGAGGUCACCCGCAACUAUAAGAAGAAGGAUGGAGACCUGGCUUUGGCUCAGGCUCGAAUCAAGGAACUGGAAGCGCAAUACAACAAGAAAGAGGCGGCUCUCAACACGGCCCUCAGCGAGAACAACUCCCUCUCCGCCGAACUCGCCGACCUGAAGGCUCAGCUGGCCAAAGCUGAAGAUGCUCACGGCGUGGCCAAGAAACAGCUGGAGGCGGAGACGCUAAUGAGGGUGGAUCUGGAAAACCGCUGCCAGAGUCUAGCGGAGGAGCUGGAGUUCAGGAAGAGCAUGUUUGAGGAGGAGGUGCGUGAGACUCGCCAGCGUCGUGAGAAGCGCAUGGUGGAGGUGGACUCGGGCAUGCAGCAUGACUACGAGUUCAAGCUGGCGCAGGCGCUGCAGGAUCUGCGCAGACAGCACGAGGAGCAAGUGCAGAUCUACAAGGACGAGCUGCAGCAUACCUUCAAGGCCAAACUGGAUAACGCCAAGGUGUCGUCUGACAUGAACGAUAAGGCAGUGCUCACCGCCCGCGAGGAGCUCCAGGAAGCUCACAUGAGGAUCGAGGGCCUGAGCUAUCAGCUCAGCGCCCUGCAGAAACAGGCGUCUGCCGCCGAGGAGCGCAUCCGCGAGCUGGAGGACAUGCUAUCCAGCGACCGGGACAAGUACCGCCGACAGCUGGACGCCAAAGAGCGCGAGAUGGCCGAGAUGAGGGAGUGCAUGCAGCAGCAGCUCAACGAGUACCAGGAGCUGCUGGACGUCAAACUGGCCCUGGACAUGGAGAUCAACGCCUACAGGAAGCUGCUGGAGGGCGAGGAGGACAGGCUGAAGUUGUCUCCCAGCCCGUCCUCACGGGUCACGGUGUCCCGCACCACAGCGAGCAGCACUUCUACGUCUUCACGUAGCUCCCGCGCCAAGAGAAAGCGCGUGGAGCUGGAGGAAGCGUCCACCGCUGCUCCCAAAGUCCAGAUCAGCCAGGAGGCCGAAGCGACGGGAAGCGUCAGUAUCGAGGAAAUCAACCUGGAGGGGAAAUCAGUGACCCUCAGGAACAACUCUGACAAGGAUCAAUCUCUGGGCAGUUGGCGACUAAAGAGACAAAUUGGCGAUGGAGAGGAAAUCACCUAUAAAUUCAGUCCCAAGUUUGUCCUGAAGGCAGGCCAGACAGUAAAUGUGUGGAGCGCCGACGCCGGCGUGUCCCACAGUCCUCCUUCAGACCUGCUGUGGAAGAGCCAGAGCUCUUGGGGCACCGGAGAAAAUAUCCUCACCUUACUGGUCAAUUCAAGCGGAGAGGAAGUGGCGAAGCGAAUCGUCACGAAAAGCGUGAUAGAAAUGGAGAACGGUGAUGAUGAGGAGGGAGACUUUGGAGACGAAGAUCUCUUCCAUCAGCAGGGCGAUCCAAAGAUCCGAUCCAGAGAAUGUGCCGUCAUGUGAUGGAGCCACGCAUCUUUAGUAUUUUCCUCCCCACAAUUCAGUCUUUUUUGUAGAGCCACUACUUUUGUAUUCUUCGAAUCAUGAGUUCAUAACACCCCUCCCUCGACCCUUUAUUUGUACGGACCUCAUUUGUAAAGCCAGUUAAUCUUGAGCUGCGGCAAACGAUGCUGUUUUUCAAUGAAUAGUCUUUCCAGACGGCCACCGUAGGAG